AUGGACAGCCCCGUCCUACCCAAGGAUUUCAACGCCAACCAGCCGAAGACCAUCCGUCUAUAUCCUCUUAGCAACUACACAUUUGGCACGAAAGAUGGCCAGCCAGAAGAAGACCCUUCCGUGCUUGCGCGACUGAAGCGACUUGAAGAACACUACCAGGAACAUGGCAUGCGACGAACAUGUGAAGGAAUCCUUGUCUGCCACGAGCACAACCACCCCCACAUUCUGAUGCUGCAGAUCGCGAACGCAUUCUUCAAGCUACCUGGUGACUACCUCCGCGCCGAAGACGACGAAAUCGAGGGCUUCAAGGCGAGGCUGAAUGAGCGCCUUGCACCAGUCGGCACGCAAUUCACAGGUGAAGGCGUCAACGAUGAAUGGCAGGUCGGCGACACGCUUGCGCAAUGGUGGCGACCGAACUUCGAGACCUUCAUGUACCCAUUCAUUCCCGCGCACGUCACCAGACCGAAAGAGUGCAAGAAGCUCUACUUCAUACAGUUGCCCCGAAGCAAGGUCCUGAGUGUCCCAAAGAACAUGAAACUCCUCGCCGUCCCGCUAUUCGAACUGUACGACAACACCGCACGUUACGGCCCUCAGCUUUCCGCAAUCCCUCAUCUCCUGUCGCGCUACAACUUCGAAUUUGUCGACGAAGAAGGCAAUGUCGCGGCCAUGACACCCGGCGUAGGUCCGCCAGACGGCACCAUACAAACCAAAGUGCUGGCCGGCGGCGAGGAUGUGAAGAUGGAGGCAAAUGGCGAUGGCACAGGGAGCGACAUUACUCUGUCAUAG